AUUUUGAAUUGAUCACCCAGUCAACGCGCUAAUGACAAAUUAAAUAGCAUUUAAUUUCACUAAGAUAUACGUAUCGACUCGGAAGGAUUGUACUUUUAGAAUGAAUGAAAUCAACAAAGACUGCCAGGGACGUUUCCACUUUGUACAAAAUUAUUACACACCAGACUGUCGGAAAAACAACUCCAUGGAAAGGCUAGGAGAGGUGUUUACGCACUCAGAAGAAAUGAACGCGAACCUUUCCACCGCGAACAAUCGUAUACCGGUAAAUACUGCGACCCGUGUAUGGACGAACGCAUGUCCCAAACGAGCAAUGGACAACAACACAAACACGUUACAAGAACCGUUACGUAAUCACGUCCAGCCAUCAUCGUCAUUAAGCUACCAGUAUGGAUACGAUGGGUACUGGAAGAAUAACUGUGGAUUUCUUGCUAACUUGCAACACAAUGAAGACAUAAUAUCGUGUGAGCGCCCCCCUUUCGCCGAAAUGACUCAGACAGCGAAUCAAGAAGAUGUAUACAACGAUACCCGAACAGUCAAGUCGGAACCUGACUGCAGUCACAUGAUAGAAACAAUGUAUCAACUGCACCGGUACACUAUAACCAAGAGUGUCACUGAAGGAAUGGAACCGAAACACAGAUCAUACUCCACAUUCACCCCGGCCUGCUCCCCGAUAAAUCAAGUGACCACGAUUGGUCUACACCAACCCGUACAGCUCCGUAAAAGAAAACAAAGAACUGUAUUCAGUGCAUACCAGCUGAAUGUUCUAGAGAGGCAUUUUCAUAACGUCUCAAAAUAUCCCGAUGUUCAUGAUAGAUCAGAGAUUUCCAAGGCAACAAGCCUGGCCAACGACAAGAUCAAGGUUUGGUUUCAGAAUAGACGCUGCAGAUUCAAAAAGAAUGCGAGACCACGUGAUACUGACGUGCGCAACAGACUUGCGCAUCACCGCCAAAUUAACUGUCAAUCUUGUACCAGUAACUUAGAUAUCCAAAACGGGUGCACUAUAAAUGAAACUAGUGAUGUUCGGUUGGAACUUAUUGAACCAGUGGUCUCUAGUAUCCCAGAUAGUUUCGGCUUGUCAGUCGUACCUAGUAAUACAAACGAACUCGGUGAUAAAUACCAAUUACCCACAUUUAAAUACUUCGGAGAGCUCAAGUCACAUGGUAGAAGUAAAUGAAGGCAAUAUAUGUUUACAAUGCGAAUGAAAGCGAGCCGAACUCCGAGUUAGGUCUGAGUAAAAAUAAACUAUUGAAGUAUUACACACUUAGAAUGCCUAUAACAAUACGCACGCAUUUCAAUCAGAGUGCAUUGUCCUGGACUCAACUUUUUGAGCAACAUGAUAAAAGAUGGAGUCGUGACUAGCAGUCUAGGAAGUUGCCUCACCGUACAGUUUUCGCUUGUGCCUGGCAAAACACGAAUACGCUAUACUCAGCAUGACAAGUAACAUAAUGAGUAGUCAACUGAAUCGUAUUUGUCACAUUUGACGAUAUCCCCGAGAUGAACGGAUACCGUGACUCACAGUCACAGCGUGCGAAUUCACAAAAUAUAAUCUUUUCCGGAUAUGUUUCUGCGAACUGCAUUCGAUAAAUGUUUCUUGUAAUAUUUGUUUGUCUCACAC